GAGGGGUAAAAAAAAAAAAAGUGACGUUGACACACACAUAGAAGCCGGAGCCGAGAAGGGGGAAUAGCGUUUUGUUUCUUUUUUCUUUAAUUUGUGUCCUUUUAUUCUUUGGCGUUUUGUUGUUACUCGGCCGUGUUCCUAUAACCGACUCGACUGCCUUGCUCCUCGGUGCUUGCUAUCUGUCGUUAACGUUCACGCCGCUCGCGCUCCCUUCACGCGGCGCUAUUUUGACAGUUGGGGUCGCAGCGAACCGACUCUAGCUAGCGGCUCCAUUAUAUUAGCAUUGACACAACUUGAAGGAUUCUCCACACCAACUAGCAACAUACGGCCAGCAAAAACGGGCUCCUGACUGGAGGACAGACCAUGCUGCUGCACUGAGCCGGAGGGAGAGACGAGAGCGAGGCCCCAGAGGACCGCUGAGGUGGUUGCUGGCCUGUUGGUGUGCCCCUCCCCCUUAUCUGGCUGGCUAGCUGCUGCCUCUUCAGUUCACCUGAUUGCUCCCCACACCGAAGGUUAAGGUGUGCUAUGGACUGCGCUUCGCCCCCUGCUGCAGCCCACACCAGUAUACUACCUUAGUGGGUUCCCCUCAUCUUCCUGUGUGUGGUUCCCAUACAGACUCACUGUACAGAGUCUAGCAAAGAUCUGGUACCACCUACAGCCACUCCUGGGUUCUCCACCCAACCCCUCCCCAACUCCCACCCUCUCCCCCUCUCCUAAGAAGAUGUCAGUGAGCCUGACAACAGACAUCCAGCAGGAGGGAGAGAGUGGGCCACACAUUGAGCCCUGCAGUCAAGGCAAGACCUCCCCUCAACCACAGUGCACCAAGGAAGGGACAGGAGAGGGCCUGGAGCCUGAGGAUAGCUCCCCACAGGAUGCACAGAAACGAGCUCCUAAUCACAGCCAUGGCAGGAAAAGGGCCAAGUCUAAUGCCAAACUGAAGCUGGUACGGAGUCUGGCAGUGUGUGAGGAGUCCUCUGGUCCGUUUUCCAAUGAUGGAACUCCAGAAUCGGAUAUCAUCCAGCUUCACAUCAGCUGUCCAUCAGACAAGGAAGAGGAGAAGUCCUCGAAGGACGAGUACGAAAAUGAAGAGAAGGAGAAGAAGGACAAGGCUCCGCGAAAGAUGUUGUCACGUGACUCCAGUCAGGAAUACACUGACUCCACAGGCAUCGACGUUCAUGAGUUUCUGGUCAACACACUGAAGAACAAUCCCAGGGAUCGAAUGAUGCUGCUCAAACUAGAACAAGAUAUCCUGGAGUUCAUUAAUGACGACAAUAACCAGUAUAAGAAGUUUCCGCAGAUGACGUCUUAUCACCGUAUGCUGCUGCAUCGUGUGGCUGCCUACUUCGGCAUGGACCACAAUGUAGAUCAGACAGGCAAGGCUGUGAUCAUCAACAAGACAGGCAACACACGCAUCCCAGAACAAAGGUUCUCUGAACACAUCAAGGAUGAACGUAACAUGGACUUCCAGAAGAAAUUCAUCCUCAAGAGAGAUGAUGCCAGCAUGGACAAGGAUGAUAAUCAGAUCCGUGUGCCGCUGCAGGAUGGGAGACGUAGCAAGUCCAUUGAAGAGCGAGAGGAAGAAUAUCAGCGGGUACGAGACCGGAUCUUUGCCCGAGAAGUGUCCUUUUUCUUACAGUCCUCUCAAAAUGGAUACAUCAACGACAACAGAGGGAACCGUGAGAGCUCCAGCCGGGCGUCUAGCAGUCGUCAAAGCAGCACAGACAGUGACAUGAAGUGCCUGGAGCCACGACCCUGGAGCAGCACCGACUCGGACAGCUCCAACCGCACCCUCCGGCCACCUGUCACUAAGGCUAGCAGCUUCUCUGGCAUCUCCAUCCUUACCAGAGGGGAUAGCCUUGGCAGCAACAAAGGCUCACAGGGAAGCUGCAAAGGCUCUCGCUCUGCCUCCCAGUCGAGCCGUAGCCUCCUUCCCUGCCCAUCGCAACAGCCACAGCCCCAGGUUCCGCCUCAGACUGCCCUGCUGCCCACUCCACAGCAACACCCCAUGGGAAACCACAUGAUUGCACAGCCAGUGGCAUCUAUGCAGCCCUCUCAGUCUGUUUCCUACUCCAGCCCUUCCUGCCCCCAGGUUCUCCUGCCAGUUUCUCCUCCCCAGCAGUAUACAAUGGGAGAAGAGCUGGCGCCCCAAUUCACCCAGAUGACGCUGAGUCGGCAGGGCUCCAGUGAGAACCCAGAGCCUCCACCCAUGUAUCAGGCUCCUCCCACAGUGCUGACCCAGCACCCCCCUCCUCAGACCAGCUACAUCAUGGCUACCACUGGUCAGCCUAUGCCACCUCCCUCUGGUUACCAGCCUGCCACUGGACACCCCCAUCCUCCACCUCCACCACCUCCUCCACCCCAGCCUGUCAUGCAGGCCCCACCACCCCCACAAGGCUACAUGCAGCCCCCUCCACCUCAACAGAUACAGGUGUCCUAUUACCCUCCUGGUCAGUAUCCCAGCUCUGGCCAGCAGUACCGUGUGCCCCAGCCCAUGGCCCACCAGGUGUCUUAUCCUGCCCAGCGCACACAACCCAUGCCUCAGCCCACACAGCAGUCAGGUCUCCAGACUAUGAUGCCCAGCCAGCAGCCUAGCUACCAGGGCAUGAUGGGUGUGCAGCAGCCCCAAAACCCUGGUCUGCUUAAUUCCCAGAGGGCAGGCAUGGGAGGACAAAUGCAAAGCAUAAUGGUUCAGUACCCACAGAUGCCAUCAUAUCAGGUUCCAGUGGGAAAUGAAAAUCAGCAGGUGGUGCAGCAGCAGUACCAGCAGCAGGUGAUGGUGCCAGUCAGCCAGUCUGUCCAGGGGCCCAUGCCUGUCUACUACAGUGUUAUCACUCCCACACAGCAGAAUAGCACAAGCCCGUCAGUAGGUUACCUGCAGCCCCCCAGCUCUGAGCAGUAUCAGAUCACACAGUCGCCGUCCCCUUGCAACCCUCAACAGUUGCAGCAGCAAUAUCCAGGAGUACCGCCUCCUGGUCCUGGGGUGAUGGUCAUGCAGCUCAGUGUCCCUAAUGGACCACAGCCUUCCCAGAACCCUCCUCUGGUCCAGUGGAACCCAUGCAAGUACUACAGCAUAGAGCAGAGGCCCAGCAAGCCAGGAGAGCUGUACAAACCGGACAACACUCCACAGGCCAGCACUCAGCUGACGAGUCCCCUGGCCUCCCCCACUCAGUCUCCCACCCCGUCUCCCUCCGGCAGCGUCAGCAGCGUCUGUCCAGGCAUGGGACCAUUACCCCUCAUUUCCCAGUUUCCUCGGCCAGGAGGGCCAGCUCAAGGUGAUGGGCGCUACUCUCUGUUGGGGCAACCUCUCCAGUACAGCCUGUGUCCUCCUCCCCUCAUGCAUGGCCAGUCCUCCUACAGCUCCCAUCAGGGCCAAGGAGUAAUGAAACACGGGGCACGGGGGAAAAAACAAACACUCAAAUCUGCGUCGACAGAUCUCGGCACAACUGAUGUUGUGGUGAGUCGAGUACUCGAGGUAACGGACCUGCCAGAGGGCAUUUCACGUCCAGAGGCUGAAAAGCUCUUCAACCAGCUGUCGAUGUGCGGUGCCAAGAUCCAGUGGCUGAAGGAGCCCCAAGGAGGCCGAGGAGGCUGCGGCCCCUGUCCUGGUGUGGGGCCCGCCAGGCUGGGAGCCGCCGCUGGGCUCAUGGCCAGCAUGGGAGCGAGGGGCGAUGGCAACGACCCGGCUCACCUCUACACAGUAGUGGCGGUGUUCCCCAGCACCAUGGCUGCCCAGAGUGCUUCCUUCAAACUGAACAACAGUGGGGCAAGCCUCUUCAAACUGAGGGCUGCCAAAAAGAACUAUGACCUGCGUGUGCUGGAGAGAGCCAGUUCUCAGUGAAAGGAAAAGAGAGGGGGAGGAAAGAAAGAAAGAGACAGAACGAAAGAGAGACGCUUAAUGGAGUGGUGGAAAAGGAAGGAGGACUGAGGUGGACUGCUCUUAGUGUACAACUUAAAAUCAAAACAAACAAAAAAUACUUGAGUUAAAUGAUGUGUCAAAUGUAUAAAAGGAAAGAAGGUGUGAAUUAUGAGGUGGCUGGUGUUUGGUUGCAGAUAUCAUUUUGUUGUUUGUUUUUAUUCAUUGUUUUUGUUUUGUAUUUAUAUGGCAGAGGAGCGCACAAGACACACAAGCAUGUGUUUCACUGUUGCCGUGGAAUGUGUGCUGCCAUUAUACAAAAAGAUAUACACAGAAAGAGAUGCCACACACAGACACAUACCCCAGGAGACACACACAGACACACACCCCAGGAGACACACACAGACCACACACACCCCAGGAGACACACACAGACACACACCCCAGGAGACACACACAGACACACACCCCAGGAGACACAACAGACGCAGGCAACAGGGUCACGUAGCACAUAACAAAAACACACUGGACAGUCGACCUCAGUCAAACCUUUUCUCCUCCCUCCGCUCGCCAACCCUUCCUCCCUUUUCUGCCAACGCUUUCGCUCCUUCCCCAACUCUCCGUCACCCAGUCGUCUCUUGAUCUCACAUAUUUAUACAUUUUCAUACGCAGAGUUGCGCACUCUCAGCUUUCCCCCAUCGCUCUCUUUUCUUGCCAUGUCUCAUACUGCCUCCUCUCUUUCUCUGCUCCUCUGUCCCUCUCAUGGACUCUCACUGCUCUCUCCACUCCUGCUUUCUGUUUGCCUUACUACUGUUGUGGGUUUCUGUAUUGCGCUGUUUUUUCUUUUUUUUCUCAGAAGUUUUUUUCUUUUUUUUGUUAUUUGGGAUUCAAUAUAUUUAUAUAAGUGAUGUAAGGAAUAAAAGAAAUCUAUAUAUUCGGUGAUUUUUCUUUCUUUUCCCUGAGUGAAAAAGUUUAGGUAUUCCUUUAUCCUUUACUCCUUCCCUCUUCAUCCCCUUCUCCUUUUUCCUUGAUUUGUUUCCUCCUAACUGCCCUCUACCUCACUUCUUCAGUCCUCUCCUCUCUCCCAAAACUGCCCCCCCCCCCACCCACACCCCUUUGUGUUUGCGUUUUUUCGUUGACAGCUGUGCAGAACGUAUCAGAAGAAGUAGUUAAAGUGCACAAUGAUUGCAUAUGUCUACUGUAAAUUUUAUUUAAUCUGUUAUUUUUUGUUUGUUUUUAAAAAUAUAAAAGUCAAGAAAAAAAUCUAUCAAAACG